CUUUGUUUUCGCUGUUUCAAGAAUUUGCGUAUUUCAAGAAUCCCUUUUGUCCUGCUAUUUAACCUAUUUGGGACUGGUGAGUUUCAAGUGUUCUUUCUUUGUUUCUUGAGAACUAUGCUGUUAAAGGUUUGAUCUUUUGUUUUCUGUCCUCUUGGAGAAAGAAAGAGAGAAAUAAACUUUUUCUCUUUAUUGUUAAGUGUUGGAGUACAAUUGAUUUAGCUAGCUUUUGUCAGAUAAAAGAGGGAAAGAAAAAUUAGGUCUUUGAUCUUUUGUCCUAAUCUGGAUAUGUUCAUUCUUAUCAUCAAAGAGUUCCUCAGUUCUGAGUUGUCAACCUGAGUGAAAAAAAUGCAGAACUUUCCCAUUAUAACGUAUAGCGGAUGUUGUAAAUGCCAUAGAUUGAAUUAGUUAGGCAUUGAGUUUUGUCAAGAAUGGCUGAAAUUAGACUGACAAAGGUAGAACAAGGCCAAACCAAAAUUAGGAGUGUUCCAAUUGCUGUGACCCCAGAGGGUUUCUGGUGUUGUCCCUCUCCCAAUGUGUUUCAGAAGAGCCUCAAAACACAGAAUCCCCUAAACAAACCCAAAUCUCCUCUUCCUACGACUCAAACCUCGGCUCACAAGAAACAAACUUCAGUAACUGAGAAAAGACCAGCUAGUGGUGCACCUAAGUCGGGUGCUGUUUCUGAUGAAAAACGAGGUGUUAGUUCUGAUACGCCCGCUGUUACUGCAUCGGUGCCUGCAGAGAGAACGCCUCGGUCCAAGACUGAAAAUGUACCAAGGAAAGUGUCGAUUGAGUUUGGUGAACCUGGAACUAGUGAUCUUAGGGUGAUCUUGCUAGGAAAGCAAGGGUUCACUGUGAAGUUGAAUGUUCACAAGAAUAUUCUGGUAGAAAAUAGCAUUUUUUUUGCUAAUAAAAUAUCAGAACAGCAGCUAGUUUUUCCUUGCAUUGAAGUUGAUGAAUGUGAGGAUGUUGAGAUAUGUGUUGAAACCAUCGGCCUCAUGUAUUGCAAAGAAAUGAAGCAGCGUUUGAUCAAGCAAAGUGUUUCUCGCGUUUUGCGUAUUAUCAAGGUAGCAGAACAACUUGGAUUUGAAUCAUGCAUGCAGUCAUGUUUAGAGUAUUUGGAAGCAGUACCAUGGGUUGGGGAUGAAGAAGAAGAGAAAGUUGUUUCUUCAGUCCUACGGCUUCAGAGUGAGGGAAUUGGAGUGACCCCUGUGUUAAAGAGGGUGUCAUCUGAUAUUUCUAAGCCUCACAAGGACACAUUCUCGCACAUCCUAGAGCUGGUGCUCAAAAGUAAUGAAGAGAGAGGCCGCCGGGAAAUGAAAUCCGUUGUACUGAAGCUCCUCAGGGAAAAUAACUGUCUUCCAAGUUCGUCUGGCUCAGUUGACAGUUACAAUGAAAUAAUAUAUGGCUCGUGUAGAAGUUGCCUUGAUUCAAUAGUGAUUCUGUUCAAACAAGCAGCUGAACCCGAGUUUAGCAGCAACUCUACUGAUUGUAGAGAACCAGUAGUGAAGCAGAUGGUUUUAGAGGCUGAUAACCUCUCAUGGAUGCUUGAAAUUUUGACCGACAGGCAAGCAGCAGAUGAGUUUGCGGUAAUGUGGGCUAGCCAGCAGGAAUUGGCUUCUCUGCAUACAAAGCUACCUAUAGUAUCUCGCCACCACGUCAGCUGCAUCACAGCAAAACUUUUUGUAGGAAUAGGAAAAGGGGAGCUUCUGCCAUCAAAAGACACACGUAACCUCUUGUUACAGACGUGGUUACAGCCAUUGAUCAAUGACUACAGCUGGUUGCAGCACGGAUGCAGGUCGUUUGACCGAAAGGUUGUGGAGGAAGGAAUUGGCAGGACAAUCCUAACGCUACCUCUAGAGGAACAGCAGAGAAUUUUGCUUUCUUGGUUAGGCAGUUUCCUCAAGGCUGGCGAUAAUUGUCCAAAUCUUCAGAGGGCAUUUGAAGUCUGGUGGCGUCGUACUUUUGUCAGACCCUAUGUGGAGUCAGGAACUACCCGCCCGUUAGACCAUGUUACGACUCCAAAGGUAACGGAACAUUAGAAGUUUACGGAAUCAUGUAAAGGAAAUUGUCCUUUGGGGUUGUAAAACUCAAUGGUUUCAAGGGUGGCUUUGUCAAGUUCCCUAACUGAUUCCUUGUCUGAAUCAUGUAAAUUUCGAGUAUCAUUUCAAUUGUCCAAUUUGGUGUGUCAGUGAUUUGUAACAGGUAUGUAAUACAAGUUGGUUGCGUGAAAUUAUAGUUGGAUCAAAUUUUCUAACA